CAGGACCCGUCCCUACAGCAGAGAGCAGCAGCGCAUCCAUCCUGCCGUGGAGCCGAGAGCGUGGAGCCGCCGCGAGGAGCGCACACAGAAAGAGAGAGAGAGGGUGAGGGAGAGAGAGAACCUCAGAAGAUGGACGGAGUGGGAUCGUUCGGAGCGGGCCGGGCCGGGUCCACUAUCGACCUGAUUGCCUUCGUCAAACAGCCGCAGACCAUCCUCAGAGUGCUGUCCUGGAUAUUUUCCCUGGUCGUCUUUGCCUGCAUUGUGAACGAGGGUUACGUUAACUUCGGCAGCGAGCGUCUCCACUGUAUCUUCAACAAGAAUGCGGACGCCUGCAACUAUGGCGUGUUCGUGGGCCUGGUGGGCCUGCUGGCGUGCUCCUUCUUCGGCCUGCUCGACUACAAGUUCGCGUCUAUCAGCUCUAUCAAAGACAGGAAGAAGGCUGUAAUGCUUGAGAUCGGCUUCUCUGGUUUCUGGACCUUUCUGUACUUUGUAAGUUUCUGCUUCCUGGCCAACCAGUGGUCUCGGACCACAGCUGAUGAGCUGCCACUCCACCAGGGGGAAGAUGCAGCCCGUGCUGCGAUCGCCUUCUCCUUCUUCUCCAUCAUCACCUGGGCUGGCCUAACAGUGCGUGCUGUCCAGAAGUAUCUGCUUGGCACAGACAUGUCUCUGUUCACCACGGAGCACCUGGACGGCGGUGCGCCCACCCAGCCGUACCCCUCCAACUCACCAGUAGGCGGCACCACUGAGACCACAGAGACCUACCAGAGCCCGCCAUUUACCGAGAACAACGCGGCACCCACGUACCAGGUUCCCAUUUACUAGAUAAGAUAGAUCUGAUGGUGGAAAAGGAAGGUCGGCAGAGGGAUGAGAGGAAAGUGACAGAAAAUUGCUUCCUGUGAUGUACCACCUGCUGUUGUUUAUGAGUUGAUCUGGGCUGAGUUUUCAAUAACUGUUUAAAGAGCUUAAAAACAAAAAAAAUGGCCUCUUCUUCUUUGUUUCUUCCUCUCCUUCCCUUUCCUUCCUUAACAUUCCAGCUUCAUCUGGACUUUUCUAGACCUUUAUCUCAAACUCUUAUUUCCUACUAGUGUCCUCAGAUCAAAGACAAGAGGAGGAAAUGUAAAAGGAGAGGCCUUUAUGCAGUAUUAACACCUUUUUAAAGAAAACAAGAGAGAUGAAGGGAUCAACAAGUGAGUGACUCCACCACAAAGCAGUAUUAGAUUACUAAAAAUAGUACAGAAGGCACUCACAUACAGCACCUUCAUCUUAUUCUUUUCAUUCAUUGAUGUGUCAAAAUCCCCUUUCAUGCCGAACAGCACGGGGAAUGUUCUUUUGUUUUUCUUUUUGUCUACAGUACAGACUUUCCUCCAUCUUUCCCUCCUGCAGUCAAAGUGAAGUGUAUUAAAUCUGCAUGUUUAGAGAUCAAACUUAGAGAUCAACUAAGUGCCAUACUGUACUGUGUGUUUCAGACAGUGACUUAAUUUAGUAGGUUUCCACAUGCUGUAAAAAAGAAACAACAAUGACAAUGUUUUGUGACCAAGUGCAAUAUCUCACACUCUUAUGUAGGUCUGUAUGUAGGUAUAUACUGUACUGUAGGUAGGAUAGGUUUAGACCAAUUGUAGGCACUGUCUCAAAUGACAUACUAGUCUUUUAAUUGUACUUACAAAUCUCAGGCAAGUUUCCAAAUUGAAACUGGUGAUCUGACUGGUGAAGUGUAUAUCCAACUGAUCCUGAGAGAACUUUUCAUCCACAAAGGUUGUUGACAAUUUAAAUAAAAUUAGUGAUGAUCAAAAAACUUUUAUAGCAUCUUUUCGGUAUUUAUGAUCUUCCUUGAUGUGGUGAAAUCAUUAUUUUAGCCCUUUUGAAAGAAAAACAGCAUCACAAUGCAAAAUAUUCUCAAAGUACAUCAUAAUGAUAGCAUAAUCUGUAUGACUGGUUUUCCAAGGUUGAUUUCUCUUAAGAUCGAUUGGGGAUCCCCAGUGAAUCACUGUUAAUCUUAAAUUAUAUUUCUGUUCCAGGCAUGGAUGGAUUGUUGCAUAGGACGACUGGGCACAGGUUAAAAGGGUCAGGGAGCCACUGAGUCUCUGUAUGAAGCGACUUUUGAAAUUUCUUGUUGGAAAGCCGAUCAGACAGCUACAAAAAGAUGCAAAACGACCACAGAAAGACACAAAACAAUUACUAAGAUGCAAAAAGACCACAGACUGAUAACAACAACUUUAAAGAGAUUCAAAAUGACCAUCAAGAAAGGUGGCCAUAUUUGUAGUCAAUUUUGUGUCUUUCAGUCUGAGGGUCUUGUUUCCAUCAAGGAGGGGCGGGGGGGUCUUUUCCAUGUGCCCAGGGUCUCUUUGUCUUACAAUCCAUCCAUGGUACCAGGGAAUGUAUGCAGUGUGUUAUUUGAGGCAGUGUUAUACUGAGUGUUGUGCGUACAAAUUGGGGCGACUGGGGAGAUUCUGGGUAAGUCAGGUCUGUUUAUGUUUACGUUUGAGAAGCUGACAAACUGCCCUGCGUUCUUAUUACUGUCUUCUGAUUACAACGUUACUACUACAUUGUUAAUGUCCAUAAGGUGUAAUGUAAUCACAAAGCAAGAGGGCAAAAGAAGAACUUUUAUUCAGUGAGGGAGGUUGGAGUGCUGGAGGCUACAGUGCUGUCUCAGGCAAAAGAAAAAUCUGUUUAUGAGAUGUUAGCUGGCUUAUUCAUUGAUCCUGCAAUGGGGGGGGGGGGGGGGGGGGGGAUUUCUUGCCAUGGUGACAGGCACAGGGUUGGGCGGAUGUGGUCACUAAUGGCCCUGAUGUAAAUAGUAAAAAUGCCCAAUCAUGUCGGUGUGUAGCUGUGUCUGCGUCGUGGUUCACAUACACUUGCCAUCAGCGAAUCUCUAGAUUUGGUGUGUUUGAUUGCAUCCACGUGUAUGGGUGAACCUGUGCUGGCACGCACGAGAGAGGCGUGGGUCUGUAUGUGCUUGUGUGAAAGUGUGUGAAUGUGUGUAGUUAAUUAAACUUCGACGUGCAUAAGAGUUAUUUUCUUGAACAUGUCUCAAAGUUUCAGCGCAGAGGAGGAAAUCUUAAAUCUGUCACACCAUUGAAUAAUUCCUCCAAAUCUAAAUAUAUAUCAGUGCCCCAUUAAGAUAUCUGAAUUAUUAGGUAAGAACCUAAGAUUUUUUUUCUGAACAGAGCCAAAUAUCAAACUUAAUAUUAAGAGCGAUAUAAUAAUAGAAUGCCUUGCCCUGCUAUUCUGGCUGAUCCUGUGUGAACAGCGCCCUCUGCAGACCAGAGGAGGCACUGCAGCAGUGGGACAACAGGGGCGCUCAAGAGUUUUAGAAGUAAUCAUGAUAAUAAUGCAUGAAAUUGUUGUAUAAAACUCAUUAUAUAUUGAAUACUAUGUCAUUCUUAAGUUCACUCCAGGAUGUUUUGCAAAGUGAGAUUCGUCAGUCAUCUUUGCAGCUGGCAGGAAUCCCUUUUGUCAUAUAUUAGUCAAAGUUUAUUGUCAGUAUCGCGAUGGCGCACCCAAACAACUCUUUGUUUCUUCAGUGAUAUCUCAUGAUCCUGUUGGCCACAUGUACACAUGCACUAGUGUGUACUUAUUUCAAAGCUGCGAGGUGAAACUGUAACUCAUGUUUUCUUUACUUUAAGGUAGUAAAGAAAUCUAAAUGUGACCCGAGUGUCCAGGGCCUCGAGCUACACUGAGAGAAAAUGUCAGCUAACAAAUACUGGCUCUGUGUUCUAGUUCUAGCAAAAAGGGUUUGACAUCUAAUGACUCACAUGGCAACAGUACAGAUGAGUGUAAUUAUAAAGAAAUAAGCCCUUAUUCUGAAUACAGUCUGAAAUCAAAUGAAUUCAGUUUUUUUUUGUUUUUUUCACAUUAGCCAGUUUGUGUCACCGAUUGGAUAGUUAGGUUGGUAUACUGUAUGUUAUGAACUGACGGAUAAUACAGAAGUAUUGUCCUUUCAGGAUUUUGGCUUGGGAAUGGGUGCAUCACUGCUAGGCGCUGGUGUGUUAUUGGGAGGGGUUUCAGGUACCU